GCCAGCCACUCAAAGUGCUUCUUAAAACUGACCGGACCGGUGAGAACGCAGCGCACCGCAGCGGAUUAAGAACCUCACAGAUACUCAGAUCCUCAGAUCUUCAGAUCCCUCAGAUACACAUCUUUUUUUUGGACAUCUUUUUUUUGUGCGUGUGUUGCAGGGCCGCGAUCCCCGAAAAGAACCACAAAACGAACUCAUCCGCCAAACCAAAAAAAAACCCAAGAGUCUCGUAUCUGUGAGAUAGUGUAUCCAAACUCGAAAGAGAUUUCUGAAACCCACUGUUGCAGUUCGCCGACAGACAAAGCUACUUCGACCCGAGGAUGAAGUGCCAACUGCUUUUCGUGGCCGCCGUGUGCCUGGUCUCCGUGUGGGCCCUACCUGUUCCGGACGAGGAGGUGGCCAUCCAGCCUGACGGCGGCUCCAAGGCCGAACUCCUGGGCAAGACCGUCCAGACCAACCCCAUCGAGCCUGCCCCCGCCAAGCCGGAACCGGAGAAGGCUCCUGAGCCGAAGAGUGCCCCAGCUCCCGCUGCUGCCGCUGCUCCCGCUCUUGACGCCACUCCGACUUCUGCCCCGGCCGCUGCCGCUCCUGAGGUCACUCCUGAUCUGAAGUCCAGCGCUCCGGACGUAGAAACCGCCCCGGCCAUUCCCGAGAAGAAGAUCCUGCCCGAGGAAACCAAGCCAGUUGAGGAGGCCAAGGCACAGCCCCAGGAGAUCCCUGCCGAGACCGAGAAGAAGCAGGAGAAGUCCGCCCGCACGGAGCCUGAGGUGGAGGAGCCCAAGGCCAUUCCUCUGGUGGAGAGUCCUGUUGCCAACGUAGAGGUCCAGAAGCAGGUCGUCGACGAGGUGACCAAGUCGCUGGAAGUGCCAUCUCCCGCCGAGAAGGAAGCCACACCCUCCGAGCAGCCCGCCCGUCAGGAGCGCAUCAACGAGAUUGAACAGAAGGAGGCUGCCAAGAAGGAGGAGGCUGCUCCGGAGUCUGCUUCUGCCGCUCCAGCUACCCCGGCCGCCCCCGCUUCGCCUUCCGCCCCCGUCGAACCCGCCGCCAAAUCAGAGUCCAACAUCCAGGUGAUUGCCCCCGCCCAGCCCGAGACCAAGUCCGCUCCUGCCGUUUCUCCAGGCGCCCAGAUCGCCCAGGCCAAGUCCGCAGCAGCCCCCGCUCCAACCGCCGCCGCCCCAGCACCCGCCCCCGAGCCAGCCCAGCCCGUGGAGCAGCAGAAGAGCACUGAGACCGCCGCCGAGCCCUCGCCCGUCCUUAAAGCCAACCCCGAGCAGGAGAAGGAGGCGGUGAAGGAGCAGCCCUCUGCUGAGGUGGAGCAGACCAAGUCCCUACCGGAGAAGAAGGAAGAGAAGGUGGAGAAGGUAGAAGCUGCCCCUGCCCCCGCACCCGAGGCCAAGAAAAUCGACGACGCACCCGCUGCUCCAGAGCCCGUGGCCGAGUCUGCUCCAGCUCCAGCUCCAGCUCCUACUCCCGCUUCAGCUCCCGCUCCCGCUCCAGUCGCUCUGCCCUCGGAGCCAAAGAAAUCGUCAGAGGAGAAGGGAGAGAAGUCAGAGUCGAAGAACGAGGAGUCGUCCGAGUCCAAGGAGUCGGAGGAGAGCAGCGAAUCCAAGGAGGACUAAGGAGGAGGACCUAGGGAGUAAGAGAGCUUUACCCAAUCCACGCCCGACGCAUCCCCAGGACCACUUAAGCUUACGAACGUAGUUAGUGGUAUGCUUACAAUUAGCUGUAAAAACAAAAUCACACACAAAGGAUAACGGAAAGGAUCUGCAAGGAUCUGCAUCUGGAGCAGAAUCAAUA